GGGGCGGGCCGGGACCCGCUGGCCGCCCGCCCCGCAGACCCGCGUCCCGCAGAACCGCGCCGACCGCCUCGCAGCUCCGGCAGCUCCCGCAGCUCCCGCAGCUCUCUGCUCUGGGACAGGCUCUGUGUGCCGUAGGAGGAGUUUGUGGUCACCUCCCCCUCGGAGGCGCUGCGGCCAGAUUUCCCUGCAGAGGUACCCCCCCAGCUGCCAAGAUGUCCAGCAAACGUGCCAAAGCCAAGACCACCAAGAAGCGCCCCCAGCGCGCCACCUCCAAUGUCUUCGCUAUGUUCGACCAGUCGCAGAUCCAGGAGUUCAAGGAAGCCUUCAACAUGAUUGACCAGAACCGUGAUGGCUUCAUCGACAAGGAGGAUCUGCACGACAUGCUGGCGUCCCUUGGGAAGAACCCCACUGACGAGUACCUGGAGGGGAUGAUGAGUGAGGCGCCGGGGCCCAUCAACUUCACCAUGUUCCUCACCAUGUUUGGGGAGAAGCUGAACGGCACUGACCCGGAGGACGUGAUCCGCAACGCCUUCGCCUGCUUCGAUGAGGAGGCGUCAGGCUUCAUCCAUGAGGACCACCUGCGUGAACUGCUGACCACCAUGGGGGACCGGUUCACCGAUGAGGAGGUGGAUGAGAUGUACCGGGAGGCGCCCAUCGACAAGAAGGGCAACUUCAACUAUGUGGAAUUCACCCGCAUCCUGAAGCACGGGGCCAAGGACAAGGACGAUUAGAGCCCUGGGCCACUCACCCCUUCUGCCUCCUCCUGUGCACUUCCCCCACCCCUUGGCCACCCUUGUUGUCCCACAGCAGAUUCUCCCCAUGGGAAACACCUUCCAGGACCAGCCCACAUCAGGACAAGCUUAGAGGGAACACACUCCUGUCACUGUGCCACUAUGUGCCCAUCCAUCAGCCUCAGCCCUCCCCUCCCAUCACCUCUGCCAUCUACAGGCUCACCCAACUAAGCCCCCCAGCCUGGCUGUGUCGCCCCCCCCCCCCCCAGCAGCCAUUGACCCCCUCAAAGCCACCACACCAUUGGUCCCUGGGGCCGGGGUGAACAUCCCCCACUGGCCUGCAGGGAUUUGGGCUGGCUUGAGCCUAAGCGAUCCCCAUCUCAGGGCCAUAACACAGAGGGAAAGCAUCUCUCCCCUCUCCUCUCAUGCUCUCCUCCUUCAGGAAAGAAACCCCUCUUUGUUCCUCCUCCCUGGCUGUUUUAUUGCUUUAGAGCCUGAUAUCUGAGGGAUUCAGGAAGCUGAAGUGGUGUAUAAAGCCCGAUGGGUGUGAUAGA